AUGGUUUACGAAACAGCAGAUUCCAAAGAGCACCUCGAUCCAUGGUUCGAUGAUGGAAACGUUAUCCUUGUAGCAGAGGGGAAAUGCUUCAAGGUUUAUCAGGGAAUGUUAUCGGUGCAUUCACCGAUCUUCAGAGACAUGCUUUCGUGUCCCCAACCCGUUGGUCAGGAGGAAAUGGAUGGCGAAGGAUGUCUUGUCGUUCACCUCCGGCAUGAUUCGGCCAGUGAAGUUCAGCAGGUCCUUAGAGCACUAUUUUAUGGCGAAGUGAAGGCAUGCUAUCAUUCCGAGCUGCCAUCGGAUUCCGGGCCACUUCGCUUCGAAGGCACCAUUAGUGAACGGGAUCCCCAUGAUUUCCAGUUGCUUAAUAUAGCCCGUGAAGUCGGGUUGCUCUCAGUCCUUCCCGUUGCACUCUACGUCUGCGCUUCCUCAACUGAAAUCAAGAAGCUUCUGGACGGGUAUGAGUGGGAGGGAGUCCACUACUCGCUGUCUCCUAUCAAUCAAAGAGCGUGCAUUAUCGGGGGAGAUCACCGCUCAGAACUCGCGAAACUUGCAUUCGCCCGGAUCUGCGAGACGCAGGGAGAUCGCUAUUUUGUGGGGAAUAUGGCUUGUAAAAAAAGUUUCGAAGGUUGCCCCGCGCAAUGUUGCCCAACGUCUCUUCCUACUGACCCCUUUGCUCUCUGGGAUACGCAUUGGGAUAGCAGGUUUUGCGGAAAGUGUGUCACUACCUUCAAGUCCCGGUACGAUAAAGGCAGGAAGGACGCGUUUCUCUCGCUGCCAUCAACGUUCGAUUUGGGAUCGAACUGGGAUGAGAAUUUAUACUCAUAUCUUGAUCGUGCUUUGGAUACUGCGAAUCCUAUCUCGUACUUGCAUUAUCCAGACUUCUCUGAUAAAUGGCCUACGGCGAUGUGUCUUACUUCGUAUGCAUAUUACUCGGUCUCGAUGCUUUUCUAA